AUGAAGACUGUAUCGAAGGGUAUAUUUGAGGUUGCGCUAUCUGAUCUACGUGAGAAGGGAAACCCUCAUAUAGCUACUGAGGAAUGUAUCAACAACCAGAUUUCGAAGAACACUGAUAAUGCAGAAGUUCUCAGGACAGCUCCUGAUGUUGUUGCACCUGAACAUGAAAAAGGUAACUCCAAUGUCUCUCUGAUUUCUGAUAUACUUGAAGCAGGUGGAAAGCUAAUAUUAGAGAAGUUGAAUAAUGUCAUAGAUAGUGUUGUUUCCAUGGAUAUGGAUUUUUCUAAUGACGGUAAGAAGGCAGACAUUGAUUUUUCUGCACAAGAACAUGAGAUUACUCUGAAUGUUGAGCAACAUGUUGAAACAUCUUUGAGUAAUCCUGAUAACCAUGAGAAUGUUGAUACCAUUGGUGAAGAUAAGAACCUUGGUUCUAAGACUACUAAAGCAGAGGCAGUGAACUCUGAAAAUACUAUUUAUAAGGGAGCUCAUUCUGAACAUUCUACUAAGAAAUCUGCUCCUGAGGAACAGGAACAUGAUAGUAUUGAGGCUGAUCUAGAAGAAAAUGUGUAUGGGAAUAAAGGUGAUGAAGAUAUGGUGAACAUUGAUGAUAUUAUCUCUGAUGAUACGCCACUUGCUGAAAGAGAAGUUGAAAGUGUAGCCAAGAGACUAAGGAGUAACAAAGGAAAGGCGGUCCUUACUAAGGCGGAAACCACCAAAACUAAGACAGUUGGUGUAGGUCCUAAGAAAGGUUGGAGUAAGGUGAAAGUGAGAUCAACUGCUGGGAAGACAAGAAAGAGGAAGGUUGUUUCAUCUGAUGAAUCUGAAUAUGAUAUUGAAAAGGAUAUUCUAAACAUCAUUCCAUCUGCUUCAAGAAAGUCUGCUGGGAAGAAAGUUGUAGAGACCAUUGCGAAUGUACCUAUUAACAAGGUGUCUUUUCACCUACCUAAGAAUGCACAAAGAUGGAGAUUUAUCUAUCAUAGAAGACUGGAAAUGGAAAGGGAACUGAGUGAGGAAGCCAUCAAAAUUAAGUAUGUGAUGGAGCUUAUCCAAAAGGCAGGACUCAUGAAGAUUGUGAGCAAUCUGGGGGAAUGCUAUGAGAAGUUGGCGAAAGAAUUUCUAGUAAAUGUUUCUGAAAGCUUUGACAAUCCUCUGAGUAAGGAGUAUCAGAAGGUAUAUGCGAGAGGAGAAUGUGUAAACUUCUCCCCAAGUAUUAUCAACUGGUUCUUGGGAAUUAAUGAAGAAGAGGUUGCUGAACUAAAGGUGUCUAACAACCAAGUAUGCAGAGAAAUCACUACUAAUCAAGUGAGAACCUGUCCAAAGAGAGGAAAGACUUCUGGUAAACUCAGUGUGAAGUAUGCCAUACUUAAUCGGAUUGGUGCAACCAACUGGGUUCCUACUACCCAUUCAUCUGACAUUGCAACAAGUCUAGGGAAGUUUAUUUAUGCUACAGGAAAAAAGACCAGGAUGAAUGUUGGAAAAUACAUCUUUGAUCAAACUAUGAAACAUGCUAAAAUAUAUGCUUUGAAGUUUCCUAUCGCCUUCUCAACACUGUUGUGCAACAUUGUUGAAACAUCUGGAAAUGUACCUGCUGUAGGGCUGAUGACAAAACAGGAGAUUGUGGCUGCACUCAAAGAGACAUGUGUAUUGCUGGAUGAAAGGAAAGCUCAGUUUGAGCUGAUGAUUCACUCCCUGGAAGGAGAAUAUGCAGAUGCAGAUGUACAAGCAGAGAAUGAGAAGGAUGAAGAAGCUCAUGAUGCUGAGGAUAAAAAUGAAGAUGGUGCUGAAGAUUCUGAUAGUAGUUCUGAGGUUGCUGACUAA